AUGAAUGUCCAGAUAUUCCAGAGACAGAGAUCAGAGAACUGCCAGAUCCUGGCUGGGGAGACCUGGCUGGGCUGGGAGUGGGGGGUGGCUGCUGGAGGGGAGUGGCUGGUGGAGCUGUGUGCCUCCUUCAGAGACCUGCUGGCCUCCUUCUGCUCCAAUACCAAACAUGGCCUGGUCGGCCUGGUCUGCUCCUGCUGGAACCCUCUCCAGACUACCUCCUGGGGGCUGCUGCUUCUGGGCACCCUGGGGGUGCUCUGCUGGCAGCCUGGGCUCCUGCUGGAGCAGUACUGGCACUACCCAGUCAUCGUGACAGUGUCCAUGCACUCGGAACGCCAGCUUCUUCCCCCAGUCACCCUGGGCGACAGGAACUCACCCCAGCCGAGCCCUACUGCGUGCCAUCUGGAGGUGCUGGACACUCUUGCCCAGGAGAACAUCUACUCCCUAUACAAGUACCACUUCACCAAGGGCAGCCAUGUCCCCUCUGCCAGUGUUUCUGGCCCCAAGCCCCCCAUCCAGCUCCAUGGGAUCCGUCUGCUAGUGGCUGAGGCACCUUGCAACAGCAGCGGUGGUGACUGCUUCUACCGCACCUACUUGUCAGGAGUGGCCACAGGCAGGCCUGACCUGAGCCGGCCCCAGGUUCCAGGCACUUCCAGAUGUCCUACCAACGGCCGCUGCCACACCUUGAAGGGUGUGUGGGCUGCACAGCACCCAGGUAUCACCCACGGUAUCAGUCUGGUCCUCAGGACUGAGCUGCAGCAGUAUCUCACGCUGCUGUCCACCGAGGCUGCUGUCAGGGUCAUGGUUCAUGGGCACAACCACACGCUCUUAUUAGAGCACCAGGAUUUCAGUAUCCGGCCAGGGAUGGAGACCACAGUUGACAUCCAAGAGAAACUGAUAGUGGAGACCUGCUCCUGCGCCUACCACCUCUACCCACUGCCUGCGGGGGCUCAGUCCUGCAGCCAUGCAGCACACCCCUCUCCAGGUCACUGCUUCUACCACCUCCUCCAGGACCUGGAAACAGACUAGCUGGCAGGCGCCUCCUGCUGUCCCAGGUCCUGCAGGGAGUCUUCAUACAAGCUCCCUGCGGGGACCUCUAGGUGGCCUUCAGCCAACUGUUUCCACUCCAGCAGCAGUGUGGCCAAGGUGAAUAUCCUCUACCAGGAACUCAACCACCCAACGGUGGGUGAGGCACCCGGGUACCCUAUUCCCCAGCUGCUGUCAGCCAGGGGCAGCCUCUGGAGCCUGUGGUUUGGCUCAUCAGUCCUCUCUGUUCUUAAACUGCUGGAGUUGUGGCUGGACACCAUGGCCCUAGCCUUCCUGCUGGGCCUCUAUCGGCUCUGCAGAGCAUGGGUGUCCCAGCCUGGCGCCCUACCAGUCCCGAAGCCCGGGGACUGCAGGCAUACCUGCAGAGUUCCAGGGGGAACUGCUGUGUUUCACUUUUACAGAGAGUCCCAGGAGCGCUGGAAGGAGUUUUGGCAGAAGAGAUAG